AUGCUUGAGACGCUGCACAACGGCCAGGAGCACCUCAUAAAGCUGCGCAUGGACAUUCUCGACGCUGUUAACCUCGACAUCUGCGUGCACCUAUACGACGACCUCGAGGGCGACCCCGCCUUUGCCAGUCAGGGCACCAUGGCUGCCAACGACGACGCCUCAUCGUCAUUCUCUAAGGUGCCCUCGCGCACUCUCAGCUCGGCCAACUUCUAUGACAACGGCGUCGCGCAACAAGGCCCGCAACCUGUGCAUGUUGCUGACUCAUCUUCUGUACAUGGCGGUGGCGGCGGCUGCGUAUCCCAAGGAGCGCUGGCAGGCGCCGUUACCGGUCCUGGCGGUGCAGAUCUUCCGCUACGUUAA